AGGGCGGCAGCCCGCGCGGCGGGUGACUCGGGACUGAGUUUGCAGUAGGCAGUGUGCUCAGCGUCUCCGACUUUUUUCCUCCCGCGCCCCGGUGCCCGCGGGCCAUGCCCCACAGAAACUGAGUAGGCAUUGCCCCGGCUGCGGGAGGGCGAGGUGCCGCGCGGCCCCGGCCAUGGGCAGCUUCCAGCUGGAAGACUUCGCGGCAGGCUGGAUUGGAGGUGCAGCCAGUGUCGUCGUCGGCCACCCUCUGGACACGGUCAAGGCUCGCCUUCAGGCCGGCGUCGGCUACGGGAACACCCUCAGCUGCAUCCGCAUGGUAUACAGGAGGGAGAGCGUGUUUGGCUUCUUCAAGGGCAUGUCCUUCCCCCUGGCCAGCAUCGCCGUCUACAAUUCUGUAGUGUUUGGGGUCUUCAGCAACACACAGCGGUUCCUCAGCCAGCACCACUGCAGGGAGCCCGAGGCCAGCCCUCCUCGCACGCUGUCGGACCUGCUCCUGGCCAGCAUGGUGGCUGGUGUGGUCUCUGUCGGGCUGGGUGGGCCUGUGGACCUCAUCAAGAUCCGGCUGCAGAUGCAGACACAGCCAUUUCGGGAAGCCAACCUCGGUUUGAAGUCCAGGGCGGUGGCUCUUGGGGAGCAGCCAGCAUACCAGGGGCCUGUACACUGCAUUGCAACCAUCGUGAGGAAUGAGGGCCUGGCGGGGCUGUACCGGGGCGCCAGUGCCAUGCUGCUGAGGGAUGUCCCGGGCUACUGUCUCUACUUUAUCCCCUACGUGUUCCUGAGUGAGUGGAUCACACCUGAGGCCUGCACAAGCCCCAGUCCCUGCGCCGUGUGGCUGGCGGGCGGCAUGGCAGGAGCAAUUUCUUGGGGGACAGCGACUCCUAUGGAUGUCGUGAAAAGUCGACUCCAAGCUGAUGGGGUUUAUUUAAACAAAUACAGAGGUGUCCUGGACUGUAUCUGCCAGAGUUACCAGAAGGAAGGUCUUAAAGUGUUUUUCAGAGGCAUCACGGUGAACACUGUACGGGGCUUCCCCAUGAGUGCAGCCAUGUUCCUUGGAUAUGAGCUAUCGCUGCAGGCCAUCCGUGGGGACCAUGCGGUGCCGAGCCCAUGAGCUUCAGGGCUGGCGUCACCUGACCGGGGCUUCAUUCCACUACUGGUCAAUGCUGAGGGUAUCUCCAGAAUCCGCGAUGGUGAAUAUACUGAGGCGAGAGAAGGACUCCCCACCACCCUGGGCCCUGAGCCCUGAGCCAGGUGGCCUUCAGCCAAGCAGCUGUCCUGGGAACCCCUUACUUCCUUCACAAUGGCAGGCAGUAUUUUAAUUUCAGUGCCCCGGCAGGGCCACUGACCUCUCAGAGGAAGCAAUGGAACAUUGGUGGAUCAAUCACCUCUGGACUUGUGCCUGGUUAUUAAAAAAAACUGGGUAAAAUCAACCCUGUCCCCAUGACUGUUGUAAACUCACUGGGAAUUCAUGGAGGAGCUGGAGUUGGCUCUACGUUUCCAAAUAAAAGCAUUGAAAGCCUCUUCAGAU